UUUGUGAAGCGGCAGAGCUCGCUCACAUUCAGUGUUUCAACCGUUUAUCGAUUCUUGCGCGUGCUGGAGAGAUUUGGCGUUCAGCUCCGUGCGCUGAUGCUGGAGUGUGUUGUUGAGGGCGGAACUGUCGGUGUUCAUCAUCAUCAACAACAUGAAUCCUAACACAAAAUAAAUGGUUACCGGUCACGGGAGUCGGGGAAAGCUACUUUGGUGACGGUCACCGUCGCUUAAAAUCUCUAGACGGGUGAAGAGAGAAACGCGACGCGGAGUUUUAUGCGUUCAGUUGACAGGUGGACCGAUGCCGCCCGUUCAGAGAAAUAUGUCGGAUCUCCGGACCCGAGCUGAAGGUUAUGAAAAGACAGAAGACACGUCAGAAAAGACUUCUUUAGCAGACAAGGAAGAUUCCAGACUAAUUUUUAUCAAUCAGCCCCAGUUUACCAAGUUCUGCAGUAAUCGUGUCAGCACUGCAAAGUACAAUGUCCUCACAUUCCUGCCUCGGUUCCUGUACUCUCAGUUCAGAAGAGCAGCAAACUCCUUUUUCCUGUUCAUCGCACUUCUGCAGCAAAUCCCUGAUGUGUCACCAACAGGGAGGUGGACAACGCUGGUGCCGUUACUCUUCAUUCUGGUGGUGGCAGCAGUGAAGGAGUUUAUAGAAGACCUGAAACGCCAUAAUGCUGAUAGUGUUGUUAACAAGAAAGAGACACAAGUAUUGAGGAACGGCGCUUGGGAGAUUGUACAUUGGGAGAAGGUGUCGGUAGGGGAGGUAGUCCGAGCAGCCAAUGGAGAUCACCUCCCGGCCGACCUCAUCAUUCUGUCGUCCAGUGAACCUCAAGGAAUGUGCUACAUUGAGACCUCUAAUCUAGAUGGAGAAACAAAUCUUAAGAUCAGACAGGGUCUGCAGAUCACUGCAGACAUCAAGGACAUUGACAGUCUAAUGCGUAUCUCUGGACGGAUGGAAUGUGAGAGUCCCAACAGACACCUGUAUGAGUUUGUGGGCAAUAUUCGCCUGGAUGGACACAGCACUGUACCACUCGGUCCUGAUCAGAUCUUGCUGAGAGGAGCACAACUCAGGAACACACAGUGGAUCCACGGUAUCGUGGUCUACACAGGACACGACACCAAACUCAUGCAGAACUCUACGUCCCCUCCUCUGAAGCUUUCCAACGUGGAGCGCAUCACCAACUUUCAGAUCCUUGUGCUUUUUGGCUGUCUCUUGGCUAUUUCAUUGGUCUGCUCCAUAGGCCAGACCAUCUGGAAGUACCAGUACGGCAAUGAGGCCUGGUACAUGGACCUCAACUAUGGUGGAGCAGCCAACUUCGGCCUGAACUUCCUCACCUUCAUCAUCCUCUUCAACAACCUGAUUCCCAUCAGUCUUCUGGUGACUCUAGAGGUCAUCAAGUUCGUCCAGGCUUUCUUCAUCAACUGGGACACUGACAUGCUGUAUGAAGUCACCAACACACCAGCUAUGGCCCGGACAUCAAACCUGAAUGAGGAGUUGGGACAGGUGAAGUACAUCUUUUCGGACAAGACAGGCACCCUGACCUGCAACGUCAUGCAGUUUAAGAAGUGCACAAUUGCAGGCAUGGCCUACGGUCAUGCAGCUGAAGUUGAGGAUGGUAGUUUUGCGGAGGAGGACUGUCACAGCUCUCAGUCCACAGAGGAAACUGGAUUUAAUGACCCCAGCUUACUGGAAAACCUCCAAAGUAAUCAUCCCACUGCUUCGGUCAUCCAGGAAUUCAUGACCAUGAUGGCUAUCUGUCACACGGCCGUUCCUGAGCACACUGACAACAAGAUCACCUACCAGGCUGCAUCCCCAGAUGAAGGUGCUCUGGUUCGGGCGGCACAAAACCUGGGCUUCGUGUUCUCUGGGAGAACUCCAGACUGUGUUAUUGUGGAGUCGCAUGGAGAGGAGGAGAAAUAUGAAUUGCUGCAUGUUUUGGAGUUCACAAGCGCCAGGAAGAGGAUGUCAGUCAUCAUGCGCACUCCAUCAGGAAAGAUCCGCCUUUAUUGCAAAGGAGCUGACACAGCGAUCUAUGAGCGAUUAGCAGACAGCUCCAGAUUCAAGGACAUCACCCUGAAACACCUGGAACAGUUUGCCACAGAGGGACUCCGCACAUUGUGUUUUGCUGUGGUGGACAUCUCAGAGUCAUCCUAUCAGCAGUGGCUGGAGGUUUAUCAUCGUGCUUCGACAUCUCUCCAAAACAGGGCACUCAAGAUGGAAGAAAGCUAUGAACUGAUUGAAAAGAACUUGCAGUUGCUGGGGGCCACAGCAAUUGAAGACAAACUUCAAGACAAAGUGCCCGAAACCAUCGAGACCCUCAUGAAAGCCGACAUUAAGAUCUGGAUCCUGACUGGAGACAAACAGGAGACCGCCAUCAACAUAGGACACUCCUGCAAACUGCUCACAAAGAACAUGGGCCUGCUGGUGAUAAACGAGGACACCCUGGAUGGUACCAGGGAGAUGCUCAGCCAUCACUGCGGCUUGCUGGGAGAAGCUCUGCACAAGGAGAACGACUUCGCUCUCAUCAUAGAUGGAAAGACACUGAAGUAUGCCCUCACUUUCGGGGCACGCCAGUAUUUCCUGGACUUGGCUCUUUCCUGCAAGGCUGUGAUAUGCUGCAGGGUUUCACCUCUGCAGAAGUCUGAGGUGGUUGAGAUGGUGAAAAAGCAGGUGAAAGUGAUCACACUGGCCAUUGGCGAUGGAGCCAACGAUGUGGGCAUGAUCCAGACUGCCCAUGUGGGUGUUGGUAUCUCUGGCAAUGAAGGGCUGCAGGCUGCCAACUCAUCAGACUACUCUAUUGCACAGUUCAAGUACUUGAAGAAUCUUCUGUUGGUUCACGGCGCUUGGAAUUACAACCGUGUUGCCAAGUGCAUCCUGUAUUGCUUCUACAAGAACAUUGUGCUUUACAUUAUUGAGAUCUGGUUUGCAUUUGUGAACGGCUUCUCCGGUCAGAUUCUGUUCGAGCGCUGGUGCAUCGGCCUGUACAACGUGAUCUUCACUGCUUUGCCUCCUCUGACUCUGGGUAUCUUCGAACGCUCCUGCAGGAAAGAGAACAUGCUCAAAUACCCUGAACUCUACAAAACCUCCCAGAAUGCAAUGGGCUUCAACACCAAGGUCUUCUGGGCUCAUUGUCUGAACGGCCUGUUUCACUCAGUCAUCCUCUUCUGGUUUCCCCUCAAGGCCUUCCAGCACGAUACUGUCUUUGGAAACGGAAAGACACCAGACUAUCUCCUCUUAGGCAACAUGGUUUAUACAUUUGUGGUGAUCACGGUGUGUCUGAAGGCUGGGCUGGAGACGUCGUCCUGGACCAUGUUCAGCCACAUUGCCAUCUGGGGCAGCAUUGGAUUGUGGGUAGUCUUCUUUGGCAUCUACUCCUCACUAUGGCCUCUGAUUCCUCUGGCCCCGGAUAUGUCAGGAGAGGCGGACAUGAUGUUCAGUUCAGGAGUCUUCUGGGUGGGUCUGAUCUUCAUUCCCAUCACCUCUCUGGUGUUUGAUGUGGCCUACAAAGUAAUGAAAAGGGUGUGCUUUAAGACCCUGGUUGAUGAGGUGCAAGAGUUGGAGGCGCUGUCGAAAGAUCCAGGAGCUGUGGUGCAUGGGAAGAGUUUGACCGAGAGAGCCCAGCUCCUGAAGAACGUCUUUAAGAAGAGCACCGUCAGUCUGUACCGUUCCGACUCCAUGCAGCAGAAUCUACUCCACGGCUACGCAUUCUCACAGGAUGAGAACGGAGUGGUCUCCCAGUCUGACGUCAUCAGAGCCUAUGACACCACCAAGCAACGGACCAGUGAGUGGUGAGAUCCGGCUCGCUGGGCCCCGCCCCCUCUCAGCGGUCACUCAACUUUUUAAAGGCUGACAGAGAGCUGAAGCCUGUCAGUUUAACUUUGGCCAGCCUAGGGCACCCUGGGCAACAAUGGAUACGAAAAAUGAAGCAUGAGAGAGAGAGCGAGAGAGAGGGGGGGAAAAAAAUCAAGUUCUGCUGUGCUGUAGUUGUAUGUUCAACAGCAGAAACAAGCACUGUGCUAGCAUAUUUUUGCCCAGCCUGCGGUCAGUAUGGUUUCUGAUCUGUCAAACAGAGGAGAACAGCAAAAAGAAUUAACUCUCCUCUCUCCUUCGCCAUUCCUUUGGCUAUGAGUGUUACAGCCAAAAAUGUGUUGUUGAGGGUGGUGAUAAAGGUGUUGAGAAACAUUUGUGGUAAUGGUCUUUGACUGUGACUUCCUAAUCAUUAAUGGCACAUGAAACACUCCCUUUUGUUUUUGUCUCACGUAUGUAUUUUAUUUGCGUCAUAAAACAGGACGUAUGCCAGAUAACCAGAAAUGAAGUUCCAAAGAAUAUUAGAAAUGCAGUCCCUAUUUUUAAAAACAAUAUUCAGAAAUUACAAUUAGGUGUUUUUACACUCCUCAGAUGCUUUCUGCAUCUGUUUGACAACUUUACCCUUGAUUUUUAUUUGAUCAUUGUUCAUGUUAAAUUCUAAGCUAUCAAAGCCUUAUAUUUGUUGUUGCCUUCAGCCAUUACGGGGUAUGUUUUUUGUUUUGUUUAGUUGUGUUUUGAAUUUAGUUUGUUGUAUUUUCUUUUUUCUAUUUAGUUUUAAGUUUUUUUUUUUUUGGUUCCUGGUUCUUCAGAUCUUAGCUUGUAGCAUGUAUCUACCUUUUUUUUUUUUAACAAUUUGGCAAUGUUUCAACAGCUUUCUUGAACACGUUUCUGCAUUCCACGUCUUACACGGCUGCAAUGAUCACAAAGGUGCCUAACAGGAAUUUUUUUUCCCAGUGAGUCUCUAGCUAGGCAGCGUUACUGCACGCUUACACGUUAGACCAAAAUAAUGGUGUAUCAGGCUGCUACACGGGCAAAAUGAGAGCUUCUUAAGCCACACAUUGAACCUCGGCCCCGUUUAUGCGUUCGGCUCAUCGUAAGGGGCUCGUGCGAAACUCUUUUAGACGAUCAGAUGUUCACCAUAAUGUUUAUUUGACUUGGAACGGAGUGUUAAUCCCUCAAACAUAAGUGCCAUUAGCAUAGGGGAGGAACGGAGGAUUUUGCCAGACCCACACAGUAUCGAUACAACUUUGUCUCCUAUAGUUAUUUAGUGAAUUUGUAUUUUUAUAUUGGACUAAGUGUGACUUUUUGGACUGAUCUGCUUUGUAAUGAAAACGUCGUUCCUCUUUUUUGUGGUUCCCCUUCAGAAACUGGUCGUGGUUCAUGAGCUUAAGUGACUACAACUGUCUUAUUAACGCUUGUUUAUUUGAUGGUGGAGUUUGUGCGUUGGUUUUCUUCUCCCUGUGGGAGAGCACGUUUUGUAUAGUGCGUCUGCGCAGUGUGUGUCGUCUGCAUGUGCAUGUGAGCUACGUUUCGGAUGCGUUGCGUGACUGCGUGAGUGUUCGUGAUCCCGUCGGUAUGCAUGUCUGUUUAACUAUAUUAAAGCAGCCUGAGAGACUCGAAUAAGGAUGCGUGUGUGACGUCCUCUGUGUUGUCUGGUUGUGUGCCGCUGCUUGUUUCGUUCGUCUGCACGACUCCAGGUAUACUAACGGUGAGCUAUAUGCCGAUGCAUGGCCCUGUACGUCAGCAGGUGUGUGCAGGUGUAAGUGUGUGAGCGCAUGUGUGUGUCACACGUGUCUGUGUGUCUCGGUUUGUAUGAAGCUCUGCUAAAGCUUGACCAGAGAUGUUGCACAAUGCACUCUUUUAACUUUUAUGUGAUGAAUAUUCUCUUAUCUAGUUCAUAUCAGUUGCAAUAUUAUUUAUCUGGAUGGAUGUACCGUACAUGUUCUUCAUUUAGUUUCAGAUCUCACUGUAACUCUUCUUCCAGCUGAAAAGUCUUUUAUUUAACGUGGAAAGAAUACGUUUAUAGCUACUGUGCAUUUCGUUCCUUAAGCUGUGCUUUUGACCGAUCCUUGGCGCUGUGGGUCGUCAUUCGACUCGAACACUGGAAAUAUGAAGUGAUGUUGGUUAAAGGCUUGGACUGUUGCUUUCUAAAACCAUGUCUGUCAAAGUGACUGAUUGCAUGAAUGGAAAAGUCGUUCUUGGUUUAGCCUAAAUGUUAAUUGUACGCUGAAUCUCCCUCUAGUGUUGGUCAUUUUAAAGAAUGAAAAUGCACUUUUAUAUGGUUUCAAAUUCUCUAUUGGGUGUUUUAUUUUUUUCUUUCCUUUGUCUUUCUGUUAAAUGAUUGUUUAGCAUGUUGGAACUGCAAACAUUUAAGUGUUUUGUCUUAACUGCCAUGAAGGACUACUGAAAUAAACUUUACAACUGAAGCUCUC